AUGGUCCAAGUGGCCGAAUCGGACGUUCUUGUAGCCCAACCGGGCGCCUUCCAUUCAUUCCCCUCGGAGAUAGUGGACGAGCACAUCUCCACCGCCUCGCCCACCUCCUCCACAUCCCCCAGUAUCCUUAUCCAUGAGACUUCAUCGACUCGUUCCUCGACGUCUCGCGAACUCCCGGUCCUCUCUCCAGGAUCCCCAUGCACUUCUUCAGCGUGUUCUACAACUUCUAAUGCUCUACUACCCAGCUCUCCGGAAUCGAGUCAGAUCCACAACCUGAAGCCUCCCACCAACAACUCUUCGGGUAUGUCCCCGACUUCUUCCUCUUCUGAAUCCACUCUUGAUGAGCAUUCGGCCACAUUAGUAUCAUCCCGAAAACAGUCGGUGAUUGAGAAGCGUCAUAUCUGUGACAUUUGUGGAAAGGGAUUCCCUUAUCUCUCGAUCCUGGAGUCCCACAAACGAUGCCACACGGGCGAAAAGCCCUUCAAAUGUCAUUUCUGUGAUAAGAGGUUCGCCCAGAAGGCGACGCUUCAAGUUCAUGAACGGACUCACACGGGAGAACGCCCAUAUAAGUGUAAAUACUGCGAGAAAACGUUCGCUCAGUAUGGCACCAAGACUGUUCACGAAAAGAGCGCCCAUCUGGGGAUCAGGAAUUAUAAAUGCCCCAAGUGUGACAAGUGUUUGAGUUCUCCAUCAGCCCUCUACACACACAAGAAGACCCACGGGGACAAGGUUUUCCAAUGCCCAUGUUGUCCCAAGACUUUUACCCUAAAGAAUUACUUGAAAUUACAUGUAAAACAAGUGCAUGAACAGACGGAGAGGAAGCAUGUGUGCAAGUUCUGUCAGAAGAGUUUCGCUUAUGCUGGAAGUCUUCAAGUUCACAUACGAACUCAUACUGGAGAGCGACCUUAUUGCUGCAAAUAUUGCCCUAAGGCGUUUGCCUCUCAAGGAAAUCUCCAAUCUCAUGAGAGAACUCACACUGGAGAGAGACCCUACUCUUGUGCACAGUGCAAUCGGACCUUCAUUCAGGUAAUUAAAUAACUUUUAACGCAAGAGUGUAUUAUAAUGAAAUUUACUUAUUGAUUCUAAAAUUUUAGAAGUCCCAAUUGACUGCUCAUGAAGCUACUCAUAACAUUUCAUCAUCCAGUUCUCGCAAAGAAUCCACCGAUUCCAUUGAUGGAAUGUGCAAACUCUGUGGAAAGAAUUACUCUUAUCCUUCAGUGUUAUGCAAAUUAUGCGAGAAGACUUUCAAUAUUGUUCAACCUCAAGCCGGCUCCUUCCAAUGUGAGGCUUGUGGUCUGAGCUUUGUUCAGAAGAUCAGUCUCAAAGUCCAUCAAGAGAAAUGCCAGAAUCUCCUGAAUCGGCGAGGAUCUGUGGUCACUAACGAUUCUGAAUCCUCACCGAGCCGGCUGGAUGAUCCUCAGGACUUGUUGGACUUGGACAGCGAGAGGAAACGAAGUCUUGACAUCAACCAUGGACUUUUAUGUAAGUUUUAAUCACUUCUAACUUUAUACACAUUGGAAUCAACAAUUAAUGCCUUAAAUUUUUAGCCGGUCCUCUCCGUCCCGAGCCAGUCCAUUUGAACAAGCCAGAAUACCCUGCCCAGAGUCUUCUAGACCCUCUGAUGAACCCCGGUCUUCUCAGUCAGCUCACCUCUCCCACCAUGACCACCCCCACCUUCGGCCUGCCUCCUCAAUCGAAUUACUUACUCAAUCAAAAUCUCUACGAUGCCAGCAGUUCAUCGACUCUUCAAUUUCUACAAAACCUCAAGUCCGCCGAACUACUCAGCCUGCUCCAGCAACCCCAACAACAGCCUCUUCUUCCCCCACCCACCUCUUCUUUUCUCCCCAAUCAAGAGCUCCAACAAGGUGGUCAUGAAAUGCUGGUGAACAACAAUUACAAAAGCACCCUGGACAAUCUGCUGGCUGAGCAACAACUGCUCCGUUUGUUGAUGGAAGUCCAGCAGCAGAAUCAGCCUCAGACUGCAACUGUCUCCCAGAACUUGUUGUCUCCGCCCGCCUCCCUCGCAUACCCCUCCCAAUCCGAUCUCAAUGAACAACUCCUGCUCAAGGUUCUGGAACAGCAACGUGCCCAGCCCAUGGAACGGUCAGAGCAACAGCUGGCCGGUCUUCUGCCCACUUCCCAGCAUUCGGACACUGCCAAUAUUCUGACGGCAUUAAACGAUUUGGCUCGCCAAUCGCAGCCAGUCCAGUCCAGCCAUCAGUUGAGUAUCUAA